AUGGAGUUCAACUUCAUCAAUCAAGAAGAAGAAUCACUGCCUGUUAGCCCUACUGGCCAAUACUUCACCAGCUCUGUAAUAUCAGUGUCUGUUAUUGGAGUGUUGGAGACAGAAGUUCCGAUUGAGGUCGACGAUUCGCAAGUUGAGGCAUUGCUUAAAGAUGUUUUUCUCCCUAUCAACCCAAGGUUCUCUUCUAUUAUGGUGACAGACAAAAGAGGAGUGAAACAAUGGAAGAAGGUAGAAGUGGAGAUCAAAGACCAUAUGUAUAAACCUAUUUUUCCAGAAGGGAAAUCUGUAGAAUUCUAUGAUGAUUGUUUUAAUCAAUAUUUAUCAAAGUUAGCAAUGGAUCAGCUGCCACAAAGCAGGCCAUUAUGGGAAAUUCACAUAAUCAAAUAUCCUACGACAAAUUCAGCUGGAAAUGUUGUUUUCAGGCUGCACCAUGCAUUGGGAGAUGGUUUUUCUCUAAUGGGAGCCCUUCUUUCUUGCUUGCAAAGGGCAGAAAAUCCUCAACUGCCCUUAACAUUUCCUGCACUGAUGAAUCAGAAUAUGAAUACUGAUGAUGAUCAUAAGGGCAUUUUCAAGAAUGUGACUGGUAUUUGUAACACUCUAUCAGAUUUCGGAUGGAGCCUAUUGAAGAGCAGCGCUAUUGAAGACGGUAAGUCCCCGAUAAGGUCCGGUGAUGAUGGAGUCGAGUUUCGGCCAAUCACCAUCACCACCAUGACUUUCACUCUUGAUCAAAUUAAGAAAAUGAAGGAAAUUCUUCAAGUGACUGUAAAUGUUAGGAGGUAUAAAGGACCCGAGGCGACUGCUAAAUACAUUCAUAGCACGCUUAAGAACACAAGCAUGACAGUAUCAAAUGUGAUUGGACCAGUGGAAAGAAUGGCUUUGGCAAAUCAUCCUAUUAAAGGCUUGUACUUCAUGGUUGUUGGUGUUCCUCAGAAUCUUACAAUAACAAUGGUGAGCUACAUGGGACAGCUGAGGAUUGCAGUGGGAACAGAAAAUGGGCUGAUAGAUCCUCUCAAGUACAAGUCUUGUGUUGAAAAUGCUUUUGAUAUAAUGUUCAAAGCCGCCACCGCCGCAACUCCGCCGCCGAAAAAUAUAUGA